AUGGAAUUUAUUAUGUUGCAGAUUUUAUUGACAUCGGACAGCCUAAACCCUCUUAACAGUAGGUUGAUGACUAAUUUCAUGGGGACAACGAAUAGAAAAAACUACAUGUUGUUUUAUUUUUUACAAAUGGUGAUUAAUGUUAUAAUGGGUAAUUACCGUAUAUCUGUAUAUGACAAUGAUUAUUUUUUACUUGUGUCCAUUGAUUGUCCAUAUGAAUAG